AUGGGUAAUCCACUGCAAAUUGUGUAUGGCUUCUUCGACACAGGAAGUAGUUUGUCAUGGUUCAAAUGCAAUCAACCUACAGAAAAAGCGGGAUUCUAUUACUUUAACCAAACACAAUCAGCUAGCUAUCGUAUUGUAAGAUGUAGUGACCAGCAAAAGUGUAACACUAAAAAACAGUAUAUCAAAGGUUGCGAUAAAACAGAUGGGUGUAUAUUUGAUAUUACGUAUUCAGGUGGAGAUUGGGCUACCGGAUAUCUUUGUGCAAACAACAAUGAGUACUCUCUCCCAAGACAACUUAACGCAGAUGACCCCAAGUUUUCAUACUGCAUAUCUAGUGACCUAAGUCAAAUCAAUGUCCUCUUAUUUGGUCCUGAAUCAAGGAUCCAAGGCCAACCUGUGAAAAUGUUCAGAAACUUCAACAAUGAUAAUUAUUUCAUUGAACUCCUUGCCAUCACAGUGAAUAAUGAGAGGUUAGAUGUGCCACCAUCAGUAUUCCAGAUGUCGGAUUCCGGGACAAGAGGCUUCAUCAUAGACUCAGGCACCACCUCAACUUGGUUAACCUCGGUGGCUUUCGAGGCCAUGAAGAAGAAGAUGGUGCAAUUGUUUGGUCCUCCGGUCCAGUACAAAUAUUUUGAGAUUUGUUAUGAAAGUCGAAAGUUUGUAGAUGGGAGGCCGCCUGUCAUACGAUUUGAGUUCGAGAAUUAUUUGUUAGAGAUUGAGGAGAGUAAUAUAUGGUAUAAGAUACCCAGUUCCACCUUGCAAUGUUUGAUAAUACUUAACAGACAGAACAACACCAUAUCCAUACUUGGAAAUCAACCACUUCUUGAUUUUAACGUUGGGUAUGAUCCUAAUAAGGGACUCUUGCAUUUUGAUAAGAUCAAGUGCCCUACUCCUUUUUAA